AUGUUGUUCACCAAAGCGGCUUUGUGCCUGUCCUCUCUGGUCCUCCUUGCCUCAGCGCAAGAGGCUGACGAUGCGAUCCUCAAGGGCAUGGAAGUUGGGCGCACCCGAAUUCCCACUUCAGCCAACAGGCUCAUGACCAGAUCUCUGGACAAGCGUUGCACCGGAUCCUGCUCGGAAUGCUUCGGUGCCGGAUAUACCCUCUGCCCUGGAAGCAGUAUCUUCUGCUACCUUCCUGGAGACUCCUACUAUGGCAUCGACAGCUGUUCGUCCAGCAGUUCGGGCUCCGGAUCCGACUCUGGCACCGGCACGGCCACUGCGAGCGCCUCGGCCCCAACCUCUACUAGCGGCACCACUGAUAUUUGCUCCAAAGUCGGUGCAACAUGCACUUCUUGCUUUGGCUCAGGCUACAUGGAAUGCGCCGAUGGAUACCAUUGUUACAAUCCCAAUGAUCCAGAAUAUGAUACAUGCCCAGACAACAGUACUACUAGCUCGGGUGGAGGCUCCGGGGGCACCACCGAUAGCAGCUGUGCUGCCAAAUGGGGCGCUGGUAACGUCGCUUGCGGUUCCACCGGUUGUUACAAUCCCAAUGCGGGCGAGGUUUGCUGCGAGGACGGCUAUUAUUGCUCUGCUGGAACUACUUGUUCAAGCACAGUUGGAAAGUGCUGUGCAGCCGGAUCAACGUCCUCGGCGUGCUCGGGCUCGGGCUCUGGCUCAGGUUCAGGUGGCCUGUUGUCAUCAGCGUCUUCAGCCACUACAACUUCCAAGUUCUCUCUGUCCUCGUCGACUGCUGGCCUCGUUGGUGCUGUCACAUCAGCUAGCACGACUGUGGCUGGCACAGCUGCGACGAGCAGCGCUGCGGUGGGUAGUGACAAUGCCUCAGGUGCUCAUGCAAUCAACGUUGGUAGAGGUCUCUUGGUUGUUGCUGGAGUGGGCGCUUUGGUGUUGUAA